AUGAUUUUCUCCAUCUUAGCCUUUGCGUGUUUAGCUACUGCCUCGUUGACCUCGGCAGCUACAAUCAAGGGAAAGAUCAGAAACAUCGAUCAGAAACAGUGUAUUGGAUUUGGAGGUGUAGACAGUACACCGAAAAGCAGCGAGCUGGGCAUGGUCGAUUGUGCUAGUGCUCCAGAAUGGCAAGUAGAUGAAGGUGAUCAAGGGGGAUAUGUCUUGUACUCCCCGCAAUUGACUACAGCUUUACUGGUAACAGAGAAUCAUGUGGUUGGUGUUGCGGAUUCUUAUCCAGGUGAUGAAACUCAGCAGCUCACUGGAUGCGACGCCGACGGUGGGAACAGCGAUGCUCAGAACGUCGCUUGGGAGACCAUUGAUUGA